AUGGACGCACCAACGAUUGUGCCCUCGUUUGCCAGUGCCGCACUGCCCUUUGCGCCGUUCUGCACUCUGUGGAUUCCAUCUUCUGCACGUCUGCUGGCACUGGGCUGCCGGCAAGACGGGAGUGCAUCGCUGGGGGCUCUCCACCUCUACAAGCUGGAGAUGCCGGCAGACGACUCUGGGCAACUGCGACUGAUGCUGGACGCCGCCAAGCAGGCCGGAGGGACAAAGAAGACGACCACUGGCCUUAGUCGGGCGGGCCUGAAAUGCGGCACCUUCGAUCUCAGCACACCAAGCGGGCGGCUCCUCGCGGUAGGCGAUUUCGAGGGGCGCGUGAGCGUGUGGGACGUCGAGCGUCUGCAAGGGGAGCGCCCCUUGCAGACGCUCUUCACAAUAGAGGGCGGCCACGAUCAAAUCGUCAACUCGAUCGACGCUACUCCACAUCUCCUUCUCACCGGGAGCAGGGAUGGCAGGGCAUGCGUAUGGGACGUGCGGCAGCGAGGGAAGCCAACGGCAGCAGUGGCCGAGCUGGCCUUCCCCGAGAGCGACUGCUGGGCUGUGACCUUCAGCGGAGCAUCACAGGAGGGCUUCUUUGCCGGCUAUGACGACGGGCGGGUGUACAUGGCCGAACUGCGCAUGAACGCGCAGCCUCGAUGGCAGCACCACCUCGCGCGCAGCUCCGGCAUCUGCUCCCUGGACUGUCACGACGGCAAACUGGUGGCGACAACGGUCGAUGACCACUUCACCCUGUUCGACCUGGAUCUCACGGCGCCGGCGCGUGGACCAGAGCUCAAGCGCGAGGUCAAGGGCCGCCCGACGCUCCGACCGCCAGAGGCAAUGGACGCCACCACGUGGGACGCCCGGUUCAGUCCACACAACCGCGACUACUUCAUGACCGCCGGGGGCAACGGGUACCUGGACCUGUACAAGACUGGCAGCGCGGCGGGAGGGCACGCGUGGAACCUGCAGAGCGUGGCGACCGUCGCGGCGGGCACCCAGCCCAUCCUCUCCUUCGCCUGGAACCAGGCCAAGGAGGGCCUCUUCGCGUUCGCGUCGCUGGACAGCAGCCUGCACGUUGGCUUUGUGCCCACCCCACUGCGAUGA